CGGCCCCGCCCCCAGCGCGCCGGAAGUGGAGUGCGGAGCGGCGCCGCGCGCUGUCAGCCUCGGAGCUUCGGCGCCGGCGCGGUCGCGGGACGCCGGCGGGCAGCACGGGCGGCUCCGGGCCCUCGGGCUCCGCGGUCCGGAGGGCACCAUGGACGACCAGGAGUUAAUCGAGUACUUCAAGUCUCAGAUGAAAGAAGAUCCCGACAUGGCCUCGGCCGUGGCCGCCAUUCGGACCCUGCUGGAGUUCUUGAAGCGCGAUACCGGGGAGACGAUCCAGGGCCUGAGAGCGAAUCUCACCAGAGCCAUCGAAACCCUGUGCGGCGUGGACUCCUCCGUGGCCGUGUCCUCGGGUGGGGAGCUCUUCCUGCGCUUCAUCAGCCUCGCGUCCCUGGAAUACUCGGAUUACUCCAAGUGUAAAAAGAUCAUGAUUGAGCGGGGAGAGCUCUUUCUCAGGAGAAUAUCACUGUCGAGAAGUAAAAUUGCAGAUCUGUGCCACACGUUCAUCAAAGACGGGGCGAGGAUCCUGACCCACGCCUACUCCAGAGUGGUCCUGAGGGUCCUGGAAGCGGCCGUGGCGGCCAAGAAGCGCUUCAGCGUGUACAUCACCGAGUCGCAGCCGGACUUGUCCGGUAAGAAAAUGGCCAAAGCCCUGUGCCACCUCAACGUCCCCGUCACCGUGGUCCUGGACGCCGCUGUUGGCUACAUCAUGGAGAAGGUGGACCUGGUCAUAGUGGGUGCGGAGGGAGUUGUUGAAAACGGAGGCGUUAUCAACAAGAUCGGAACCAACCAGAUGGCCGUGUGCGCCCAAGCACAGAACAAGCCCUUCUACGUGGUGGCGGAGAGUUUCAAGUUCGUCCGGCUCUUCCCACUAAACCAGCAAGACGUCCCAGACAAGUUUAAGUACAAGGCAGACACGCUGAGGUCUGUGCAGACUGGACAGGAUCUCAGAGAGGAGCACCCGUGGGUCGACUACACGCCCCCCUCCUUGAUCACACUGCUGUUUACAGACCUGGGGGUGCUCACGCCCUCAGCCGUCAGCGACGAGCUCAUCAAGCUGUACCUGUAGGUCUUCCUGUGCCUACAAGCUGUACCUACAGGUGCCUUCCUGCCUCGAGGUGACGUAGCUGCAGCGGGGGAGGAGCCUCUGGACCGCACGUGAGCCAGGCCAAAGGGAACUGUUUUCAUGGAGAUUUAUGGACUAAGGACUUAAAAUCAUAAUUUUGGUGAAGUUUUUAUUUUUCCAGUCCUGUUUAAACAUGUUCCCGGUUCCUAUAAAACUCAACCUAAACUGUACUGGUGGUUCCCAGACA